GGGACCUUCUAGCAGCUUAGGCUAGGUACGGAUUGUACAUACAUAUAAGGUAGGAUGUACCUAACAUAUCCUAGCUAGUAGCUGGUGCAACACAAGCGUGCAUCGUACAACAUUAUUAUACAAUUGCGAAUCAAGAUAUCAAGUUUUAUAGUAAUUACAGGGUAAACCAAAGAUGUCGGGUUGGAAGGAUAAGGGUAUGGGCAUUGUCAAACACGGUUGGCAUCCAGAGAAAGAAGGGACAUCGUUAAAGGGUCAAGUUAAAAGCCUUGUCGGUCGAGGAGAUAAAUCUACUGCUUCUUCUUCUUCUAAUCAUAGUGCCGUUCCUAUAUCCUCGUUACGAGAUCCCUCUUCCUUUGGACCUCCCCCUAAACGCAUCGGAACUGGUGGGAAUACGCCUGAACCCGGGUCUCAAAGCCCCGUGUCCUCUACACAUUCCGGAUAUACGCAUAGUGUCCAGCAACCGCAUCAACACCAAAUAGAAGAACCCACCCCAGAGUCACGGCCGUAUAGGGUCGACACUACAGGAUUAUCGACAUCGAAUCUACCCCCUCCGCCCGUAAGGAGAGGUAGCCCAGACAAACGAGAUCCCGUCCCACCUCCGUACUCGCCCGUCAACCCGAGCGGCCCGCCCUCCUUACCUCCUCGACUCCCACCGCGCAGUGGAAACGCGUCCCCAGUUCAGACGCAAAGCCCAGUCUCGACAGGGAAUAACCAGACCUCUAAUUAUCUAAAUCAAGGAGCCAUCAGCCGACUAGGGGCUGCUGGCAUUUCAGUCCCGGGAUUAGGAAUUGGAAGCAGCACUCCUCCCCCGCCUCCUGCUCGAUCACCAGGUACGGUCUCAUCCGCAGGAGGUUUGUCGACGAAGCCAUCUAAUGGACAGCUCAACGAACUACAAAGCCGCUUCUCUCGCCUUGGCACUAGCAAUACUCAACAGGAACCAACGGCCGUGCCAGCACAGGGGACUACUUGGGCAGAGAAGCGAGCAGCAAUAAAAACCGCGGCAAGUUUUAGAAAGGACCCUUCAUCCGUGUCCCUAGCAGACGCGAAGGCCGCCGCUGGAACAGCAUACAACUUCCAGCAAAGACACGGGGACCAAGUAGCAUCGGGAUUAAAAACAGCAAACGGGAUAAGCCAACGAUUUGGUGGUGGGGAGGUUCAUGGACAGGGAACGACGACAUCAUCAAUAGCGCAAAUUUCAGGGGUAAUAGGAAAGAAGAAGCCUCCUCCUCCGCCACCAGCCAAGAAACCCCAAGUAUCUAAAACCGGUAGCGAAGAUGUUCCACCUCCUGUACCAAUGGCCUCGAGGCCGAAAUUCAACUAAAGCGAAGUAAGCGGCAAUCAGUUCACAACUAGGUACUAAACAGCGGUUGCAUCAUUAAUCGAUAAUCGGGUGUAAAAGGAAAAGAUUGAAAGUCACAUAUCUAAGUCACGGAAUAAUACGGCCCCAACAGUCAUACAUAAAGA